UUCAGCAGGAGAAAAAUGUGCCGGCAGGCGUAUCCGGGGAGAAGACCGGGACACUCCGAAACCAACUCUACCACCGAAACGCGUGAUUAUGCUCAGCGUCGCGAUCGAACCGGGGGAACCGGGUCUGGAAGUCGCGAGUCGCCGUCCGACGAUCUCUCAGCGUUGCGAUCGCGCAUUAAUAUCCCGAGUGUUGUAGAAGUGAGUCGUGUGCAGUUGGUCCGGCGCGGGCGUAGUUCACACCACAUCACGGACCGGAUCGAUCGGAUACGGAAGGAGAAAAAGGUUAACAUUUGCAUACAGCCGGGUGGUGAUGGGGUGCUGAUGGCCUCGACCACUCCAACCGUCAGUAUCUGCACGGUGGGUGGGAACGCAUCCGGAACGACGAUGAGCUUGGAAGAGACGGUUGAGGUGGUGAUACCGCUCGUGAAGAGCAUAACUAACCUGACCUUCCGGAACCUGUCCUUCAGCGUACCGCAAAGACCGAACGAUCCGGGAUCGGGUGGGGAGGAUCGAAAGCAUCUGCUGCGUAACAUUUCCGGAACACUUAAAUCGGGAAGACUGACAGCAAUUCUAGGACCCUCGGGAGCCGGCAAAUCCACGUUACUCAACAUUCUCAGUGGGUUUCGAACACAAGGCGUUAGCGGAAAGAUUCUUAUCAACAAUGAGCUGGUCGAUUGCCACAAAUAUCGGCAACUAGUCGCCUAUAUGGCCCAAGAUGUUCCGCUGCUGGGGAACCUUACUGUUCGCGAAACGCUGCACUACGUGGCCGAUCUGCGGCUAUCGAAGAACGUGUCCUACAUUCAUAAGACGAAAAUCGUGAACGAUAUCGUGACGUUGCUCGGGCUGGAAAAAUGCUCGCACAGUUUGGCCCGGGUGCUGUCCGGAGGGGAGCGGAAACGGUUAUCGAUCGGUCUCGAGCUGGUUUCUAAUCCGAAGAUUAUGUUCUUCGAUGAACCGACGAGUGGACUGGAUAGUGUGGCCUCGUAUCAGGUGAUCGCGUACAUGCGUGAUCUCGCUCGACAAGGCCGAUGUGUGGCCAGCGUUAUCCAUCAACCAAGCUCCGAGCUGCUGGAGCUGUUCGACGAUGUGUACGUGGUAGCGGAUGGCCGUUGCAUGUUCCAAGGCUCGCUGGAUGAACUAAUACCGACGCUAGAGGAGGUAGGAUUCACCUGUCCACCAUACUACAAUCGAGCCGAUUUCGUGCUCAAGAUUGCCUCGCAACGCCAUGGUGAUGUGGAUAGUGUGGAAAAACUGAUCGCAAGGGCUGACACCGCAAUCAAUGGGUUCCUGGAACACGACGCAACAAACGGAGAAGACACCGCAUCUGUUCUGGCGACGAGCAGAAGAACCAGUGCCCAAUACCCCAUCUGCUGGUGGCGUCAGUUUGUCGUGUUAACCCGACGGACAAUGCUCGGAACGGUACGGAACAUCACCCUCACACGCUUUCGCCUGCUUGGGCAUCUCCUGUUCGGUCUCACGAUCGGGAGCGUGUUCUACGAUGUAGGGGAUGAUGCUACCAAAGUGCUUUCGAACGUGUCCUGCCUGAUACUGUUUCUCAUGUUCAUCGUGUUUUCUAACGCAAUGACGGUGGUGCUAACAUUUCCUCUCGAAAUGGCAGUGUUUGUGAGGGAGCACAAGAGCAACUACUAUCCGGUGUCGGCGUACUACUGGUCGAAGAUCAUCGCCGACUUCCCACCGAUGCUGCUCGGAGUCACCUGCUUCCAGCUGAUCGUAUACUACCUCACCGGUCAGCCGAACGAAACGCAUCGAGUCACGAUGUUCUGGGGUGUGUGCGCACUGUUCGGUUGGUUGGCCCAAAUGUACGGCAUGGUCGCCGGCAGCAUCUUUCCCAUCGAUGUGAGCCCGUUCGUGGUGCCAGCAUCCAUCAUUCCCGCCGUCCUGUUUUCCGGUUUCUUCAUUCGCUACAAAGAGCUACUGGCCGCAUAUCGGCCACUUACGUAUGUGAGUUACUUUCGAUACGGUUUCGAAGGACUUGCACAAGCCUCGUACGGUUUCAACCGGACUGAGCUGGCCUGUGGCGAAAUGUUCUGCUACUAUCGCAAAACGGCGAAGAUCAUGGAGAUGCUACAGAUGGAACGGGAUCGUUACUGGUACGAUGUGGCUGGUCUAGCCGUUUGGAUUUCGGUGCUCCAUGUGCUGCUUUAUGUUAGCCUCCGACUGCGGCUGCGGUGGAAUCGCUAAAACUCUCUCAAGAUCUCAAGACGACGGAACUAUAUAAAACCUUCAACCAAUUAACAGUUAGCGGGAUGGCUUCAUGAUGAAGGUAAAAAUAGCGCCUAGUCUUGAUGGAAUGAGACACAAAUGUUGCCGUUCGAAUAGGUGAAGCUUUUCUGCUUUUUACUACCACGAGCACUUAGUUACAUUUGUUACAUUACCACUUUGUGCGUAAAUCAUAAAAGUACAGUUAGAUAUGGCCGUCAAGUUGUGUAAUAAAGCAAAU